GGGAAGAGUAAAGAGGAGAGGGGCAGGAACCAGCUUCUCGGCUCACGCGGCAGGCAUCUUGUAAAGGAGGCGACUGGUGCUGGUGCUUUUUAUUGACUGGUGCGACCACAGGGUGCGACUUUAAAAAUGGAGGCCUCGGGGAUGUCGACGGGGUUGACGACGGCUAGUUCACCGCUCAGCGACGAAGGAAAGAGAAGAGGGUCGCGCAAGUUUAAGGACGAAGAUAUCGAGUACGACAUAACUUUCCCGUCCGCUGACAAACAGCUCACUUUGCCGACAGCUAAGGAGCCCGUCGUUUACUUAUUAGGUUGGGCUGGAUGCAAGGACAAGCACUUGUCUAAGUACGGUGCCAUCUACGAAGAUCAAGGGUGCAUUACAAUUCGUUACAUUGCCCCAGUCGAAGAGCUCUUCAAGCGGAGCUAUGGUGGCGCACUGGACGAGCAAGCCUAUUCACUGCUUGGCUUACUGGAGGACUUCAAACUUGAAGAACACCCGCUGUUCUUUCAUGCGUUCAGCAACGGUGGCGCGUUCGUCUACUCACUGAUGAAUCGACACUUUAGGGACGAUGUCCAGAUCAUGUCAAAGAUUCGAGGUGUGAUCUUCGACAGUGGCCCUGCUCGUGUUGGCUUCUGGCAGUGCGUCAGCGUCAUGGCAACCUUUGUCAGAGGCCGCUCAGUGUUCCGCUACACCGUGGCUUUCUUCUGGGCAUUGGCCAUGUGGUUGUACUCGGCGCUGACGUCGCUGGGCAACCUUGUUCUUGCCACCAGGUUCCAUCGGUGCGAGUCUGCUUACGAUGCCCUGCUCGCCGAGAGCCCACUCUGUCCACAGUUGUUUCUCUACUCCGAGAAGGAUGCCGUCUGCACCCACCAGAGCAUCCGCGCAUUUGCAGCCGCACGUCGCACUAAAGGUGUGCCAGUGGAAGAAGUGUUCUGGCAGGACUCUCCGCAUGUGCAACACUUUGUUCUCCACCGGAACCAGUAUGUCACAAGUGUCACUGACUUCAUGCGUCGCUGUCUCGAAGGCACAAUCCAAGUGUCUUCACCCAUUGGCAAGAAGAACCACUGAUGGAGUGCCGCACUUCGUUCCACUUUCAACGUGGGAGCGCAACUGAAAUACCGCAGAAGCUUGGAUCAUGUGGCUACUCUGAGCAGCUAGCAUGUUUGGCUGGGGCAAGCUACCUCUGGCUUUAAUCUCAAGAGGGCUCCUCAUUGUAGAAAACCAGGUUGGAGCAUGGUGGGAAUUGGCCAAAUGUGCCGUUAAUCUCAGACAACUCGGGGAGGGCAGAAUUUAAUUAAAUUUUGAGGGACUACUAAAUGCUUUGCAAAGCGAAUAUUGUGGUGACAAAUGUUUAAGCACCAUACAAUCUUUUUGCCCAUGAAAUGGUCAAGUUGUGAAUAGUGAUACCAGUUUUGCUUACUAUGAGAAAAUUUGAGUUUGUUGUUCUAGCUGGGUCACUUACGGAAUUCUCCUGUUGUGUAUCGCUCUUUGCUACUAAAAAGAAAAGAAAGGUGCUCUUGGGAGUCAUAUUGCGAGAUACAAUUUUGAGAUGGCCUGGACUGGUACAUUAUGUUUUUUGGAAGUGAUAAAACCAACCUUGAAAACCAUCAGCAGAAUCACUUGCAUCCCGUGUUUUGGUGGGCUUUCUUUAUUAGAGAGUUUUGGAGUGUUCAGCAUUUGCCAGGAUACAACCUUGUUUUUAAGGACCAUUACUUAAUUAGCUUUCAUUCAUCUGAUCACCCUAAUUCAAUAAAAUGUUGUGGUGUAAGAAGUAUAUAGAACAUAUGAAAAAUAUCGUGUGAUAGUAUCAGGUUGCACAAUAAGGUUUUCUUUACCAGGCGACUAUGAUUCACAUCAUGUUUUAAGGUUUCCUGUGCUGUGGUCUGAGUUUAUUCAUAUUUGUGGGGCAGAAGGGGGGGGGGGGGGUGCGGCCGUGUUUUAAUUAAACAUGAUCUCACACUUGUGUAACUGUCACUGAAGAGCACAUGAAGGUGCAAGCUAAGAUGAUCAUAAUUAGAUACAUAUACAACGAAGAGCACUGUAGCACCUGCUGCAGUUUUCAUGGCAUUCCAUGGAAUUAUUUUAUUCAGGGGAUUUGCUGCAAACAUAUGUAGGAAAUAAAUUAAAGAGAGACAUCAAAUAAUUGCAUGCAGCCCUGUCUGAUGCAGGUACUGUAGCAAUGCGUUAGCACUUUUGCUGUUUGUUAUCCAACGGCUGUAGUACUCUGCAACUUUAGACUUUGCGUUAGACUUAAGUUUGGCCUCACUGAACAACUUGUGCCUAAUAUUCUGCGUACCAGGGCACAGUCACAAGAUGUUCCUUUAAAAGUUCCUUUGAAGUGGACAGUGUGACUUUUCACUCUUGCUGGCAAACUUUUGGUUGGGCUUGGCUGGUGCACUGUUGCAAUGCAUGCAUAUUCAUGCCUUCUGCAGUCUGUAUUGUUAGCCACCUGCCUGCCAUUGUGCAGUUACAAGCUGUUCAGUUUUAAUAAAGUACUGUAUUGCUCAAAACUUUUUCUGUGGUUACAUACCAACUUUGGAUUAAAUAUAAUGGCUCUCAGAAUAGUAUUAAUCUAAAAUAAAGAGUUUCUGAAUGCAACCAAGUUUCAGAAAUUGAACAGCCGACAUGGAUUUCCACAUGGUUAGAAUAGCUUUUGGUAUUGAGUGCAGGCACACACCAGUAGAAAGGCGUAAAUUGCAUUUGUAUGCAUGGUGUUGGUGGUGGUGUUACAGCUGGCACUGUAAAAGAGUAGCAGAGGCACGCAGGUGAUUAUUUAUUAAUUUUUCAGAAAAUGGUGCUUCUCGUGUGCCUGUUCUUGGUGCCACUUGUAAAUUUGAAGGACCAAUAAAAGAAGUUUUGUCACAAA